GACGAAAUUAUGAAGAAAAUAGCAGGUAUAAUCCGAAUUAUGCUUCUCGCCGUUUGAAUGGAUCGGAUGUCGAUACCACAUUCUCCAUGGCUCAUCAUCGAAUUCCUCAUGACACCUCCUCCCAGCCAUACAAAGCCAUUUCCCCCCAAAACGUGAAUCAACCCAUAGUACCUACAAGGUGCAGCUACUAGCGUCAGGAGAUGAGGGGGAGCUUGGAUGCCGAUCAACAACGGCAUCCAAGACUACAAGCAAGCACUGUAGAAAAAUCCCCACCUCGCGUAACCACUAUACCUCUAUCUCCAGCUCCCCAUCGUCCUCGUCUUCGUCUUCGUAGCCAUGGCCCACGCUACUCCCCGCCUCAACAUAACCAGCGUCCCCGGCUUCUUCGCGCAAGACCUGCCGGAGACGGACCCGUUCCUGUUCACGCACGAAAAAAGCAACUUCGGGCUUCUCGACAGCUUCAAUAUGGACCUGUUUCCCGCGACGCCGUCGAUAAUCGGGCUCGAGCUGGUGUACGGCACGCCGUGGGACCGGUUUAAGGACGCAAUUACGGCGCUGAACCUCGAUGCGCCCGAGGGCACGAGUUAUCGCGUGCUGUUUCUAGCCAGACAUGGGCAGGGGCAUCAUAAUGUUGCUGAGGCAUCUUUUGGGAAGGCGAGCUGGGAGGAGCAUUGGGCAAGGCAGGAUGGAGAUGGGAACGUUGUAUGGUUCGAUUCGGAGCUCACAGAAGUCGGGAUUCAAGAGGCACGGUAUGCCAAUGCUGCAUGGAAGCUGCAAUUGGCGAAUGGGGCGCCGCUGCCGCAGUCGUUUUAUUCUUCCCCUUUGCAACGUGCUUGCAGGACCCUGGAGAUAACGUGGGGAGAUAUAGUAUUGGACAAAGAUGAUAUCCCCAAGCCAUUGAUCAGAGAAAAACUCCGCGAGACCCUCGGAAUUCACACCUGCGACCGCCGACACAGCCGAUCCGCCAUCGCCGCGAAGUUCCCGUCCUUCCGUAUCGAAGAGGGCUUCACUGAGAACGAUGAGCUCUUCAAUCCCCGCGUGCGCGAGACGAACGAGGAGCGACGGGCACGUUUGGCAUUGGCUCUCGAGGAGAUAUUUUCGACCGACGAGAGCAUCUACAUUACGAUCAGUGCACAUAGCGCGGCGAUCAUGUCCAUCCUAUCGGCGCUGGGACACAGAACUUUUGAACUGAAGACGGGCGGAAUCUUGCCGGUUGUUGUCAAGGUUACAACGGAGCAGAACAUAUAGUAGAAUAGUGUUUGGACUGAUGGGGUAAAGGAACCGAUGUAAUCAAAGGUUCGAGCUUCAACGAUACCCGGAGUCAAUUAACGAUUGCGAAAUCCCAUGCUUCAAAAUAUUGUUGAAACAAAAUAUCGCUCACACUUCAAUCGCUGUGCAAACCCAACAUGAGGCGGAGCCGCAAGGAAUUGGAAUGCAGUGGAAGCCGAUCGAUGACGGAUGGCUUAGACGCUUACUGUGUCUAGUUGCGUGUGCG